UUCCUGCCCCCCCCCAAAAAAGAAUUGGCUGAAGUCACGUGGAAAGGGCCGGUUGGGAAGCCACAUGAUCCUGAGCGGCCCCAGAGGCUGGGAGUCGUCGCGAUGGGUACCGCGCUGGACGUCAAGAUCAAGCGAGCGAACAAGGUGUAUCAUUGCGGGGUGAGCAUUGUCUGCAGGUGCUGCUGCACAAAUCUGGCGAUGUGGAGACGCUGGGAUGUUAGGGAAGAUUUUAUUUGUGCGGAAAAGAGCUCUGCAAUCUGGUUGCGAUCUUCCUCGGGAUUACCACGUUGCAUUUCCGAAGACUUCGGCGCCUAAGAGUUUAAGGUGGUUUUUCAGCGCUCGGGAUUUUUUUUUUUCCACAGUCGAAGUUGGUUUUUUUUUUUUUUUUUUUGGAAGUAACUCCUUAGGAUCGCAGGUUUGUGGAGCCGUGGGAUCUGGGCGUCAGCGUCUGAAGCAGCAGAUGAGAUCGCGGUCGGUCGGAUGAUUCUGGAAUCCUCCUCCUGGAAGAGGGAGAGGAAUUAAAGAUGCCCGCCCUGAUCAAAACGGACACCUACAUGAGGGGAAAAGAAAAAAAGAAAGAAGUCUUCCUGACAUCUUGUGUGCAGGAUAUUUUUCUGGACGUUCAGUUCCGUAUGUAACCUCGCUACGUUCUAAAAGAGACUUUCUACAACACCGCUUUGCCCCCUGAAUAUCUGUUUCGUAAGAAUUAGGAAAUUCUCACUGGAGUGGUGGUCAUAACAAGUAAAGAUUCAAUCCAACAUCAGGGAAUCUCAUUAACAAUGGAAGGAUCUGUAAAUCUGCAGCUCAGUGCUAAAAGUGUUGGUGUGUUUGAAGCAUUCUGCAAUUCUGUUAAGCCUAUCCAACUGAUUAAUAGUACAGUAGAAAUGGUAAAAUCUGGAAAACUGCCUAGUGGUAAAACAGAAAUUCCUUUUGAGUUCCCACUGCAAGUAAAAGGAGGCAAAAUUCUUUAUGAAACUUACCAUGGAGUUUUUGUCAAUAUCCAGUAUACUCUUCGAUGUGAUAUGCGACGCUCUCUCCUGGCCAAGGAUUUGACAAAAUCUUGUGAAUUUAUAGUCCAUUCACCACCUCAGAAAGGUAAGCCAACUCCAAGCCCUGUAGACUUUACUAUUACUCCUGAAACACUACAGAAUGUGAAAGAGAGAGCAUUGCUUCCAAAAUUUCUCAUAAGAGGCCAUCUCAAUUCAACAAACUGCAUCAUAACACAACCUCUAACAGGGGAGCUGAUAGUGGUGAAUUCCGAUGCUGCAGUUAAAAGCAUUGAACUCCAGCUAGUACGAGUGGAAACCUGUGGCUGUGCUGAAGGUUAUGCUAGAGAUGCCACCGAGAUUCAGAACAUUCAGAUUGCUGAUGGUGACGUCUGCAGAAAUCUUCCUAUUCCAAUCUAUAUGGUCUUUCCAAGAUUGUUUACAUGUCCUACACUGGAAACUACAAACUUCAAAGUUGAAUUUGAAGUUAACAUCGUUGUCCUCUUGCAUGAUGAUCACUUAAUCACGGAGAACUUUCCACUGAAACUUUGCAGAAUGUGAUUAGGUUUGCUUUACAAUUAUUGCUCAGACUAGAUGCCUCCCAUUUGUUGGGCAUCAAACUAAUUGGCAUUGCAGGCUCUAAGUAAUACAGCCCUAUAAAUGAUUGACCAGAAUUUUAAGUUACAAUAACAAUGUUCUGACCCAUUAAGUCAGCGUCCAAUAAGCACUGAUUCACAUUUGUCUACAAUGCCACUACAAUGCAAGUGUUAAUCUAAGUUGAAAUGGGGCCUACACGGCCUACAGCUGUCUAUUCUUAUUUGUUUAUGAGAGUUCUGUGAGUAAGAAAUUUAGACAUUGAGAGGAAGAAUUGGUUAUAGCAAUGUUUUGACCAAAAUUAUUUUGUAUAUAUGUCUUAGCCUACCAUGCUAAGAAAAUUUUACCUUAACUUUGGAAACUUUUGUAUGUCCCAUGAGUCAUGAGAGAUGGGAUGUCCCUACAGUCAUGAAAGAUUGGAAAUGCACUUAUCAAAAUAUUUGACCGACAUACUAAAACUAUUCAAAACAAGUUGAAUUUAGACAUUCCUGUUUCCUUUGAUAGCAUCUAAAGACUUUUUGCAUUAAUUUCUUUUGGGGAAUAUCUUAGCUUAAUUGGUAAAAAUGUUGAUCUGACCUUAAUAACCAAUUGGAGAAUUAGUCAUAAGGAGUUGAGAUGAUUCAGUGCUGGCAUCUUGUUACCAGAUUAAUGUUACAAGACAUAAAAACAAUUUGGGGCAACAUAGAGGAAAGAGGAAAGAGUGUGGUAGAGGAUGUAGAGGUAGAGGAGAAGGUAAAAUUAUUGCACUUUGCCUAUUAUUGGAAGAUGUUGGACUAUAUAUUGAAUACAUUUCACUUUUGAUAUAGUAUCAUCUUGGCAAUACUAUAGAAAGUAAACUUUACUUAAGACCUGAUAUAUCUGAUUGUUGUCAAUAAAUCAUUCAUAUAUUCUAAA